AUGUACCACUUGCCAUGUACCUGUGCUUUUUCCUCCCUACAGGUCUUCUUUGGCAAUGUGGAUUCAUCUGGGAUAAAACACAAUAUUUUUAACCCUCCAAUUAUUGCUCGGUACAUCCGUUUGCACCCAACACAUUACAGCAUCCGCAGCACUCUUCGCAUGGAGCUGAUGGGCUGUGAUUUAAACAGUUGCAGCAUGCCACUGGGGAUGGAGAAUAAAGCAAUAUCGGAUGCCCAGAUUACUGCCUCAUCCUACUUAAACAGUAUGUUUGCCACUUGGUAUCCUUCACAAGCCCGAUUGCACCUCCAGGGGAGGACUAACGCCUGGAGACCUCAGGCAAAUAAUCCAAAAGAGUGGCUGCAAGUGGACUUCCAGAAGACAAUGAAAGUCACAGGAAUAACCACACAGGGGGUAAAAUCGCUCCUUACCAGCAUGUAUGUGAAGGAGUUCCUCAUCAGCAGUAGUCAAGAUGGCCACGACUGGACUCUUUUUCUUCACAAUGGCAAAGUAAAGGUUUUUCAGGGAAAUCAAGACUCUUUCACACCUGUGGUGAACUCUCUAGACCCGCCACUACUGACUCGCUACCUUAGAAUUUACCCCCAGAGCUGGGCACGCCAGAUUGCCCUGAGGCUGGAGGUUCUGGGCUGUGAGGCACAGCAGCUGUACUAA